CAAAUAGGGGGAAGGCCAAUUGGAAAUUUUCACAAUAGCUCCGACUCCGAGUAUGUAUAAAUCGACCGUAUACACACCAAAUCGAAGUUCACGUUCGUCAUAAUAGUCCUCACAAUACGACGAAAAUUUUGUCCGGUUCAUCAAUGGAAUCGCUCCAUGGUAACCAGUAUACAUUCACAGGCUUUCGUUUUGGCACAGUUCAAGCCAGAUAAAUCGUAUCAAGAGAGUCAGCGGUAUAAAACCAUCUUUGAUCACAAGUCGAAUUUUCUGGAAAAAGGGAAAUUAUUUUGCAGUAAUCUGACUAUCAACUAUACAAAAAGAAGGGCUUAAUACCAGGAGCAGAGCAAUCGAAGAAGAUUAUGGAGAUGAUACAUCCAGAAAACGGUCCAUCGGGAACAGUGCAAGUACCACCUAUACAAGGUGUCGACCAAUCUGAUAUUGAAGAUGUCUACAGGCUCUCUCCACAUGUUACGACUGGCUUUGCAGAUACCUUUAAGGAAUCCAAAGACAUCGUGGGGUUCUCAUUCAUGGAAAAGGUCAAUGGGGCGAUCUAUAAAUACACUCACUUCGCUUUUUACGCCGUCCUGAACCUGCUCCUUGCCCCGCUCAUGGCGUUCUCGUUUGGCUUGUCGUUCGCGGUCAUGCACUUCGCCGUCGUCUGGUUCGUCCAACCAAGCAUGAAGUUAUACUACGUAUGGUUGCGGGUGUUCAAUCUAGCCUACGAGCCUGCCCUUCGACUCGUCUGUGACCCCAUCCACCGAUCCAUCGCCUUGAUAUUGUCUGGAAUCAAGGUACAGUUCAAGAUGAACAGUUCGGACGUGAAAACAAGCCAAGUUUGAUACCUCCCACUAUUUUAAGGCAAUAGUUUACAAAAUGUAACGGUUUAAAAGCACGUUCAGGAUAUAGGUUCUAUAUGUUUUUGUUCAUUGUGCAGUUAUUUUUGUAAUGUUAACUAGCACUGCAUCAUGUAUCUUAUCGUGCUCAGGCUAUUGAUCUAGUAAUCUCUUUUUAUACCUGUUGCGAACUAUUCAAAUAAUGCGAAUGCUAUUUCCUUCCAGUACAUUAUCCCAUCCAAUUUUAUUAUCGCAAUAUUACGGAAUUCGUAGUAUAAUGGUUUAAUAGCUACCUAACUGAUAGAAAACAAUACGCUGUAUACAACUCACAUUGUUCUGACAAUCGUUGUUUAUCUUGUGGUGUACCUCAAGGGUCGAUACUCGGCCCUUAAAAAAAAAAUCUAUAUUAAUGAUAUAAUAAAAUGCAUACCUAUCUUUUCAGUAUGUAAUAUUUGCAGACGAUCCUACUCUUGUAGCUUCACACCCAGACUUUCUGUUUUUGAUUAUUGCAAUUAAUGUCCAUUUACAAUUCGUGCAUUCUUGGCUUUUAUGUAAUAAAUUAUCAUUGAAUGUUCUGAAAACUAAAUAUGUAGUGUUCCGUAACUCCCACAAUAAGUCAGACGUUUAUUAUAUCCAUUUUUAUAAAUAAUACUGAAAUAGAAUUGCUCAACAAUUACAUAUUUAGGAAUUGUGUUGGACGAACAUUUAUCAUGGGAUCCUCACAUUAAUUAUAUUUGUUCGAAAUUUCUCGCAAUAUUGGCUUACAUUGUCACAUGAUACACUUCAUUCCUUAAAUAAUUUUAUUUUUGAUGUAUAAUGCCCGGUCUGGGCUAAUCCUUAUCCCUCAAAAUAAAAUAAAAUACACCGUCUUAAAAAAAGGCAUUACGCAUUUUUUUCUGUACAGUGCGUCCCAGA